AUGGCACCUGUGGAACUCUUCGAUGAGCUUCGAGCUCUUGAGAGCACCGAGACAAAAGACCAAUGGUACAUCGUCGCUGCCACCGCAAUGGCGGCAGCAGGUGCGGGCCCUGACGUAACGGAGCUCUAUCAAAUGGCGACAAAGGGCAAGAGUCUUGAUGAAGAAAAACAUAUACAAAGAAGACUGAAAGAGGCAAUCUUAAAGACGAGCAUUCUGUAUGGGGUACCCCGGUCCCUGCAAGCUCUUUUGCCUCUGUUUUCUAUUUUGAAGGAAGAACAGAUCGACCACUAUGGUCCGCGAACCGAGGCCAUGAAGAAUGGGGAGACCCAAGAGGAGAGACGAAAUCGCGGUCGUCAACACUUUGACACCUUAUGGACUCCCGUGGCUGCGCAGGCAAACAGAAACAAGAACUUCAAAUACCAGCCGGAUCUAUAUCUCCUAAACCUGGAGACCAUCUACGAGUUAUGGCUGAGUGAAAACACCAUUUUGAACGCAGUGGAGACUCAGAUGUGUACCACAGCGGCCUUGAUUUGCUCUGGAUCUCCGCAGCAGGCAAUGUGGCAUACCAAAGGUAUUGUUAGACAUGGAGGGAGUCUAGAUACGGCGCGGUUCGCCCAAGACAUAGCCCUCAGGAUUGGAAAGGAAUACGGAUGUAAAGUAGAUGCUGUGGCCAAAGUAGAUGAGAUUGACUUUGAUGAUGCGACACCUCAUUAA